AUGAAGCAAAAGAGGCUGAGAAUUUCCCCGGAUUUCAGUUCCUCGCCCGAAGUCACAACGUUCUCGCCUGAGGCCGCGUCACAGAUUGAGCAGGUUGAGCGGGUUGAGCAACGUGGGUGUGUAUGUAAGCCCGACUCCAACUCGCCCGCUCUCCAGACGACCUCCAGACGACCUCCAGACUCCCAGACCUUCGAGUCUGCCCUCCUCGUCCUCCACUCUCCCGAACUCUCCUGCGACGACUGCUCCUGCUGCGACUCCGGCUCCGCUCCUCGUCCGCCUCUCAUCUUCCCACCGCGUUUCCACCCGUGUCCACUUGGCGGCCACUGGCCCGUGGAGCUCCACUCCCGCAAAGUCCGAUGA